UCGAAGCAAACGCAUGCCGGACUUGUGUGUGCUCCAUUUGUGCUCUGCCAUCUGUGUGUUCGGAUAAACGAGGAUAGCAUGAGGUCGCUACGGAACGCCGCUCAACAGAUCUGCAGCUAUGUUUUCCUUGUUUUAUUUACGUGGAUUUCAAUAGCACAUGCUGCGAAGAGAGACUCCAACAAUGAUAUGAAACUAGUGUGCUAUUAUGCUAACUGGGCGAUCUACAGGCCAGGUUUUGCCAAAUUUACGCCAGAGAACAUCAAUCCAUUCUUGUGUACACAUCUUAUUUAUGCUUUUGCUGGCAUGAAUAAAAAUUACGAGUUAAAACCAUUUGACUCGUAUAAUGAUAUACAGUUAGGAAAUUACAAGAAAUUCGUCAACUUGAAAACCUAUAAUCCGAAGCUGAAAACCAUGAUUGCGAUUGGUGGAUGGAAUGAAGGAUCAAAAAGGUUUUCGAAGCUGGUGGAAUCCAGUCAAAGCCGGCUGCGUUUCGUCCAAAGUGCGGUCAGCUUUUUGAGAAAGCACGAUUUUGAUGGUCUUGAUCUUGAUUGGGAAUACCCGGGAUUCAGAGACGGAGGACAAGACGCAGAUAAAGUAGGAUACGCCAAACUUGUCUCUGAGCUUAGAGAAGCGUUCGAUUCUGAAAAUAUUCCAGCUGGAAAGUCGAAACUUCUUCUGACAAUGGCCGUUCCUGCAGGACAGCAAUAUAUUGACAAAGGAUACGACGUACCUACCUUGUCCAAACAUUUAGACUUCUUCAAUAUGUUGACAUAUGACUACCAUACAGCUCAUGAAGCGACAAUAAAUCAUCACGCCCCAUUAAGAGAAAUGCCUGAUUUAGAAGACUGGGAUCCAAACAAAUUGCUUAAUAUAGAAUGGACUGUGAAGUAUUACAUUAAGAAAGGAGCGGAUCGCAGAAAAUUGGUUGUCGGUAUUCCAACAUAUGGAAGAUCUUACACUCUUUCUGACCCAGAUGAGACUGAAAUAGGAGCACCUGCUGAAGGUCCAGGAGAAAAAGGAGAUGCUACGAGAGAAGGGGGGUAUUUGGCUUAUUAUGAGAUCUGUCAAAUGAUUCAAGAAAAAGAUUGGGAUUUGGAAGCACCAUAUCCAGAACUUAUGGGACCAUACGCCUAUAAAGACAAUCAGUGGGUUGGAUUCGAUGAUGAAGAUAUUAUUGUCGAGAAGGUGAAAUUCAUAGUAAAAGAAGGCCUUGGAGGAGGUAUGGUUUGGACUUUAGACAAUGACGACUUCCGAGGAAAAUGCUAUGGCGAACAGAGUCCUCUGAUAAAUACUCUUAAAACAGCACUACAGGAAGGGACUAAGUUAUUAAAAGAAGAAAAAACUACUACAACUCCAGCACCGAAGCGUACCACUCCAAGAGCCAGCAGACGUCAGCAAAUAGCAAAAACAACUUCAAAACCAGCCAAACCAACUACUCCACCUCCAUUUACAACACCGGAUCCUGGGCCAGCUUUUGAAUGCGAAGAUGAAGGUUUCUUCAAUCAUCCAUCUGAUUGCAAAAAGUACUUUUGGUGUCUUGACAGUGGGCCGUCUAACCUGGGGUUAGUGGCUCAUUCCUUCACUUGUCCUUCGGGGUUGUAUUUCAAUAAGUUGAGGGAUUCUUGUGAUUAUGCCUCAAAUGUUGUCUGCAGAGUCAAAAAGAUAACAACAACAAGCACCACUCCCAAACCUAAACCGAGACCUCGCUCCAGGAAAACUACUACAACUACCACGACGACGACGACAACAACAGAGAAGCCAAUACCCAAGGACAUUCAAGAUGAUCUGGAUGCAUUGAAAGCACCUUUAAACUCAAUUAACAUGAAUGGGCAAAGCUUAAUGGAAUUGCUUACACUGCUUCAACAACUUGGAGUAAAUCAAAUACAUGAUAAACUGCAUGGAAGAGAAUCAAACGAAGCUACUUCCACAUUGAGCCCAGCGUUUCCGCAAUACAGAUCACCGAAUCGACUAAGACCCAAAACUACAACAUCAAAUACUCCGACUGAUGUGUUUAACCAGUACGCAAAACCGGAUAGGAAUGGGAAAACUGACAGCGUUCAAUCUACUGUUAGGCCAAGAGGCCCGCAAUAUCACGUUCCAGCACCAGAAGCUGAAGUGGUGAACCACGAAGAUUUAGAAGACGAGGAAGUUACAGCUACGUCAUCAGCUAAAGAGGAUGUCAACGAUGGAUUUGAUUUUCCAUUUGUAUACCAAACGCCAAGUCGAAAUAAACAUAAAACAUCCACUACAGAAAUGGACGUAUUUGAAGAAGAAAUAGAAGAACCUAUUUCUUCAACGACAACUUCGAAACCCAAAGUUACACCAGCAAGUCGCAGGGUCGUAGUCCGGUUGAGGCCGAUUCCUGGAGAAGGCAAAAGAAGGAAUCCUCCAGGAACAUUGCUUAUUGGGACAAAAUCAGAGAACGAAAAACCACAAAACCGAAGAAAUAGUAAUUACGUAUUAGCACAAACUGUUGGGGUGAGACGUUUAGUUAGGCCUAAUGUCUUAGAUGAACCAACAACAAAAGAAUUACCUACAGUGAAACCUUCAACUCGCAGAGCGAGGCCUGCUAUCCGAACUACACCCAGAACAACAACAGAAAGGUAUCGCACUCCCACAGGCCCUAAAGAGUUGAUUGUUCUGCCUACUGGUAGGCCAGCUGUCCCAGCAACAACUAGAAGAUACUCACCGUACCAGCUGGAGCCCAGAGAGCCAGCUCUGGCCUUGCUACCAGAUGGGAGCAUUACAUGCCUCAGGAGGGGUGUGUACCCCCAUCCAAAAGAAUGUGCCAAAUUUCUGGUUUGUGUCCCAGCAGAGGACAGUGACGAAUUCGACGGUUUCAUCCACAGUUGCCCAAAGAACACUAUAUUCAUGGACGACAGAGGCAGGUGCAUGCCUGGAGAUGGAAAUAAAUGCGGUUCCACCACAAGUUGAAGGCCUCUUUGGGACACAAAAUCUCAUAAUUUUCGUUCUCAUUAACUUUGUUUCUAUAUAACAUAUUUGGGAAAGAAAAACGAAGAGAAGAAUGGAAACCUCAAUGCAGGCAUUACCAAGACAGGAAAUAUUUUGGAGUAUCAUUCAUCAGUUUCUUGUAAUUAUCAGAAUGUUCGAUAUUCGUGGUUUUUUCAAAAACUGUUAAAGUCCAAAUUAGAAUUUAUAACAGGCGAACGAUCUUGAAUAAUUUUAAUUAUUCACUGUUGUAAAAUUGGUGCAAAAAUAAGUAUUAAAUAGUUUGACUUUGUAAGUAUGAACUCUAAGGAAAGUAGAACUUCCUUUUUAUUUUGCUAAGUAUGUUACUUGGAAAAUAACAAAUUAAACCAAUCCUGUUAACAGAAAUUUGCGGUAAGUUAGCUCAUAUUAAGCAAGACUGAUGAUAGUUUGUUAUUUUUUAAUUACAACUCAAAAAUUCUGACAAUAUUUUAUUUCAAUGUGUAUCAUUCAAUCUUGAAGACAUGAUAUUGAGUAUAAAGUAUUAUGUUUAUUAAUUGGCAGCAAUUUUAUAUGGAUGUUCAAUCUAAAACAUUCUUUGAGAGCUGCAUCACUCAAAAUUAAAUAUACAUCAUAUGAAUUUUUUUCUGCCAUAUAAUAAACUGUUUGCCACAUUUAGCAAUGAAAAAUUUAAAACAGUUAAUAUGAAACUUCAUAUCAUAUUUAUAUAUGUUGUUAUUCACAUGAUUGUCCACAACAAGAAAAUUGUUAAGUGCUUCAGAUUUAUGUUUGUUGUGAUAAAUGGGGAACAGAAUUAAAAAACUCUAUUGUUGAUAAGAAAAGUGAGAACACACUAUACUGCAACAUAGUGCAUAUAUUCAGCUAGAAAAAUAAUUGUUUUCUUCUAUAGCAUGUUAGCAUAAAUAGAUCUCUAAAUUCUGACAAAACACUGAUUUAAAAUUAUCUGCUAUGUUGGUUACAUUUUAACAAGUCAAGCUUUAAAGUUAUUGAAGCAUGUGUUAUGUCUUUGAUUUCCGAGUACUUUAUAGAUAAAAAUUUCAUAUGAGGCAGUGACUGGUUAAGGGAUGUAAGUGGACAUUUUCAAGUUUUGAGUAAAACUAAACACAUUUAAAGAUAAGGUCCUGGGUAGGCUUUUAUUGAAAAGUUUUUCUAAAUCAUGCUGUAUAACAGCACCUACCAGGGCUACUAGUACUAUAUCUUGCCCCAAGACCAAGGAGGUAUUCACCUUCUAUUUACACUGGUUAUCUUCAAUUUUUUAAUUUUGCCACUUACAUCCCUCUGCUUUCCACUGCCUCAUAUAUCGAUCAUUUGGAAGAAGAAUGCCACAAUACCCAGAAAGGAAAUUUUACAGGAGAAGCGUUUGAAGUUGAACUCUUCAGGCAAUUUGCAUUCAGAAAAAUAAGUUUGCUGUGCUCUCCAGUGGUUAAUAUUAGAACAAAAAAUUUGUCAUUAUUUCCCAAAGAAGAUAACGUCCUUUGAAGGCAUUUAAGCGAAAAAAAAGAAGAAAAA